CGCAGACGACGAGUACUUCCUCCGCGCUGCCGACCACAACACCAAAGCAUUGCGCCUCCCCAACAGCUCGACCGUCGCAAUGGGGGGCCGCACUGUUUCCCCCGGAGGGGCUCUGCUGAGGACAUCGCGCCUGUUCUCGGUACCCAAGCCUCUUCCCGAACCCCCGUCGACGAACCUACACAUUGGCAUCUUCAAGUCGGCUACGAUGACGAGACAGUACCCGCAACACCAGUCAAUCACAUCGCCACUGUCGUCGCGUGAAAAGGGCGAUUGGGGAUUUAAGCGACCAUUCCCACUCAAGUCGACAAUGGCCACCUCGACGCCCCUGAUCCGCAUCAAGCAGGUCGACUCGGUCGAAAGCGUGACCGAUUUCGCGUCCGCCGCCGACCAUUCCCUGUCUCUCGAGAAGUUCCAGGAGCUGCGAGUCGCAAUGUCUGUCCCCAAGGGAAGUGAUCGCAGGAGCUCAUCACGGUCCGACCUGUGGUCCAAGUCGGUGUUUGAGGACGACAUGGACUUUACCGAUUUCCAGGGGAGCCGGGCGGACGACCGGAGAUGGAAGUUUCAGGGCCCGUGGCUGGCCCGCAUGACGGAGGGCGACUUCAUCGAGUACUUGGACAGGAAAGUCCGACCAAGACGCACUCAGUUCCGGGCAGUUCUCAAAGACAAGCUUGCAGAAGACAUCACGACGCGACAGAACAACCAGGCACUGGAACAAGGCAAGGCCGCGCCGCCCAAGGUGGAGCCUAGGGACAUUACAGGAGAGCAGUUCACAGACUACCUGCGGACGCUGCGCAACGACCGAGUCACUCUUUACGCGCUCGUCUCAAAGUUCCUGGACCUGGCGCCUCUGGGACAACCCGUCGGCUUCAUCCAGUCCUUCUGGUUAAAACAGGACAGUACCGCCUCGGAGAGCCCAUACGGCAAGUCGGGCCCGCCACCAAGCCACCCCUCGGCGGGUAUCAGCUAUCUGCGGACAAACUCGUUCAUGGAAAACCACCCCGUAUAUGGUCCGCAAGCCAAGCGCACGCCGGUCCUGGCUCGCGUGGUGUACCCUAGAGUUGGUCCCUCUCCGGCUAAGCUCGGUGUUGGCGGUUUCGUCGCCGACGCGCCAUCUGGCGACAAUGAGUUCAAUCUCCGACACGGCAGAGGACGCACCAUGGCCAACAAGGAGAUGCUCAGUGGCAUCAUGCACCUCGAUACUCGGACCUUUGGAGGAGCCAAGGUGUACAUUGAGCCACAGACUGCCAGUAUCGACCCCAGUGGAAAGGUUGUGCUGCAUCUCCGCGAGACCCAUGCCGAGGCGCAGGUCAUCGCCAAGGAGAACAAGGGCGUGUCCAGCAUCUACCACGACGGCUCGACUAAGCCAGUUGCUACCAGUCAGCAAGCUCAAGAAUCUGACGAUAAGACUGGUGAAUCUGACGAUAAGACUGGUGAAUUCGACGAUAAGUUUGGUGAGAUGCGGAUGAAGCGAGUCGCGGAUGAGAUCCUGGAAGGCUCAAAGCCGGUGGAGCAGUAGGAUGAUGCGCCCGGAUAGCCAAAGGCAAUUGGCCUGAGACGAGCAUUCUUGCAACAGCAGGUGCAGGACUACGAAUCAUUGUAUAUCGACGGCGUGCAGCCGCGUCGUGUACUAAAAUCCCUGUACAAGUAGAAUCAACCAAAUCAUGACAACUGUAC